GGGUACGAGCAGAACACACCUCCAGCCGCCUCUCGUUUCAUCCUUCCCCAACGCUGCGUUGCUUAAGGUGGAGCCGCAGACAAGGCGGGCCUGUUAAGAAAGCAGGCCCUCUGUGGUCUUUCACCUCCCUUAGCUAAUAGACAUCCGCUUCUUUCCCAGCAUCCAUCGCGCUGCGGCGAGCCUAGUUCCCGGUCGGCUGUUGCUGUUGCCUGGGCUUUGGCUGCGCCUGCCGGUGCCUUCACAGUUGUUCCGCAGCCGCCGCCAUGGCCGCCUACAGCAAGUUUUUUACAGCGCGCUACUCCACCAUGGCCGGGGCUACCGCGGCCGCUUGCGCGCUUAUCUGCCUGCUCAGCAAGCGGAGGAAGGCGGCUGCUCUGCAAGGAAAGAAAAAUGGAAGAGCAUCAAGCAAUGAGAAAGAAGUCAAGAAAGAUCGAGCAAUGGUAGACAGAGUUUUUGUUGGAAGAAUAUGUCGCAUUCUUAAAAUAAUGGUCCCUAAAACAUUUUGUAAAGAGACAGGUUAUUUGAUACUAAUUGCUAUAACGCUGAUACUUCGCACAUACUGUGACAUUUGGAUGAUUCAAAAUGGAACAGUUAUUGAGAGUGCUAUCAUUGGCCGCAGCAGGAAAGAUUUCAAGAGGUACUUGUUCAACUUCAUCGCUGCCAUGCCUGCUAUUUCCCUAGUGAAUAACUUUCUGAAGUAUGGCCUAAAUGAACUUAAGUUAUGUUUCCGUGUACGACUCACCAAGUACCUUUAUGAUCAGUAUCUUCAGACUUAUACUUACUACAAAAUGGGAAAUCUAGACAACAGAAUAGCUAAUCCUGAUCAGCUGCUUACACAAGAUGUAGAAAAGUUUUGUAACAGUAUAGUAGAUCUGUAUUCAAAUCUUAGCAAGCCAUUUUUGGAUAUUGUUCUCUAUAUCUUCAAGCUAACCAGUUCAAUAGGAGCUCAGGGUCCUACUAUCAUGAUGGCCUACUUGAUUUUUUCAGGAUUUUUCCUUACACAUUUAAGAAGACCCACUGGUAAGAUGACUGUCACAGAACAAAAAUAUGAAGGGGAGUACAGAUAUGUCAAUUCACGACUCAUUACAAACAGUGAAGAAAUUGCUUUUUAUAAUGGAAAUCAAAGGGAACAACAGACAAUUCACAAAACCUUUCGCAAACUGGUGGAGCACUUGCACAAUUUCAUUUUCUUCCGGUUUACCAUGGGCUUUAUAGAUACCAUCGUUGCCAAAUAUCUUGCUACAGUAGUUGGCUAUCUUGUUGUUAGCCGCCCUUUUUUGAACCAUGCUCACCCUCGCCAUCUGAACAGUACUCAUGCAGAACUUCUGGAAGAUUACUAUCAAAGUGGAAGAAUGUUACUGAGAAUGUCCCAGGCACUGGGCAGGAUAGUUCUGGCAGGUCGUGAAAUGACACGAUUGGCUGGUUUCACAGCUCGAAUUACAGAAUUAAUGCAAGUACUGAAGGACUUGAACAGUGGCAAAUACAAGCGUACCAUGUUAGCACAAGAAAAGGACACAGAAAUAGUGCAAGCUAUCCCCUUGAUUCCUGGUGCUGGAAAAAUUGUCAUAGCAGAUAACAUUAUCAAGUUUGAUCAUGUUCCAUUAGCAACACCAAAUGGUGAUAUGUUGAUUAAAGACCUUAACUUUGAGGUACGGUCAGGUGCCAAUGUCUUGAUUUGUGGGCCAAAUGGAUGUGGAAAGAGUUCACUCUUCCGUGUGCUUGGUGAGCUGUGGCCUCUUUUUGGUGGCUGCCUAACUAAACCUGAGAGAGGAAAGCUGUUUUAUGUACCUCAGAGACCAUAUAUGACCCUUGGAACCCUAAGAGACCAAGUAAUAUAUCCAGAUGCUGUAGAAGACCAGAAAAAGAAAGGCAUAUCUGACCAGGUGUUAAAGGAGUACUUGGACAAUGUUCAGUUGGGUCAGAUCUUGGAGCGUGAAGGAGGCUGGGAUAGUGUUCAGGACUGGAUGGAUGUGCUCAGUGGAGGAGAAAAGCAGAGAAUGGCAAUGGCCAGGCUAUUUUACCAUAAGCCGCAGUUUGCAAUUCUGGAUGAAUGUACGAGUGCAGUUAGCGUUGACGUAGAAGGCUACAUCUACAGCCAUUGCCGUAAAGUUGGCAUCACUCUCUUCACUGUAUCUCACAGAAAGUCCCUUUGGAAGCACCAUGAUUAUUACCUUCAUAUGGAUGGAAGAGGAAAUUACGAGUUCAAGAAGAUUACUGAAGAAACAAUUGAAUUUGGUUCUUAAAAACACAUCUGUCUUCAUCCUGCAACAAUGACUGAUAACACUGUGUAGAAAGACAAGCAACAUUGCGACAUAACAGAGCUACUCAGUUUAUGCUUUAAACAGAUUUACUAGGAAUAGGAUAAUCUAAAACAAGAUGUUGAGGCAUUUACUAUGAUAAUGUAGGAUAUUACUAAUUUGUGUAUAUGUUGGUUUAAUUAUUAAUAUGUACUAAGAAUGCCCUUAUUCUUGUGGUUUUUUGAAACCUGCCUAAAUUAAAUUGGGCUUAAAUUACUUUAUUAACUUUGAUUCAUCCUGGAUGAAAACAUUCUGAAGUCAGCUAAUUUGACUUCUGUUUGAUCUGUUUCCUCUGGGGGGAACAACCCUGUUAAAAUUUAGGGUUGCUACCACCUGUUCCCAGUACAGUAUAUGUGAAUUUCCAUGUCAUGUUCUGAUGAAUGUUCAUUGUGCUGAAUAUCAUGCUUUUUGCAGGUUGGUACAAGGCUGUCCUACUGCAGCAUCACACAGGGCAAUGAGCCUUUCCUUUUGCCAAGGUUCUGGUGGAGCUCUGCUUGCAGCAGUUCUGGGUUCAGGAGAGAAGCAAACCCCAUAUGUGUAUUAUAGGGAAUGCUGUGUCCUAUUUUUAUGUGCACAGCUUCCUGCCGCUGCUUUGGUCGGAUCCUUCCAUGAUCUCACUCACAAAAAUAGCCAUUUUAGGCUUUGCGUCCCACUGUGGAAGAGAAAGAAGGGGUGGCGGUGGUGGUUUUUAAAUGACUAUUUGUUUCCAAAUUGAGACUUUAGAUUUCUCAUUUGGGAGUGGCCUGGUCUGUUUGAAAGCUCUGGGAAACUCUGCAUGCAGCUUUUUCACUUCUCCACAAAAUGUCCAUAAAAUGUCAUAGCCAAUCUGCCAUAUGCAGGUGAGAAUUGUUCACUGAAUGUUUUUCUUUCUUUUGAAUAUGUAGUGCUGGAGAAUAGCUGUUGAAAACCUUUCGGAGUUGGUAAAGGAUUCCCUUUUUUUUUUUCAUCUAUUACCAACUUAAUGGUUAGCCAUACACAAACAGUUCCUAAAAAAGCUGAUUUAAUUGCAAAUUUGAACCAUGCCAGCCCGUCCUCAUAUGGAGUAGAUUCUUUUUAUGUAGUAUUACUUUUCUGUGGAUGCAAGUAUUGUUGCCUCACAGUGAUAACACAAGAGUGUUGCUUAGAGGAAGCCUUGUAGGCGAGUCUGAGAAGACAGUGGAUGGCUAGCCUCUGUGAUGAGGUGCCAUUCACCUUUAUAAAAAUGGCAGCAGAUCCUUACAGUACUACGAAGGUCUGAUGGGUGUAUGAUUUUUACCCAUGAGGUGUAACAUUGAACUGCACUACAUGAAGGGAUGCACUAUAUAUGCAAAUAAAUGUGAUGGCUGUCUGUUUUUCCCCUGUAAAACCAGUAUUCACUUGCAUUGAUUUGCUGCCAUUUUAAUACCUCCCUUUUCAUUCUAAAUUCGCUCUCCUUUAAAAUGCUGUAAACUUGAAAAAGCUAAUAGUGUGUCCUCAAUUAGCUGCUUUCAAAACAGUGCUUCAGUCCAACAUUAUAAAUGCCAUUGAUUUUUUUUUAUGUGCUUUGUACAAAAUAACUAAUGGAGAGUUGUUAACAGGAGAGGUUAGAGUAAAGCUUAAGAACAACUUACCUUUGAACUAAUUUCAUCUGUGCAUCACUUGUUUUAUUCCUGUGAAACUGGUUUUAGUUUCAAAACAAAUUUAACAGAUGGAUUUUGGGAGAUUUUGACCCAGUGGGAUGAUGCUUCUAAUCCGCAUCAUAAAGAAGCACCAUGAGCAAAUUGGCUGGCACAGUUUCAUCUCAAAUACUCACCUAAUUUCAGGGGUAAAUGUGGCUCACAGCAGAUUUUUGUGAUUCUGGGGAUAAGUUCCUUUUUCAUAUAACCUGUCUUUGAUGUUAACGAUCCUACAGUGGCUCUUCUAGAGAAAACUGGCUAAAUAUAAAUGUUUGUAAGAAACAAACAGCUAUAAUUUUUUAGAGUGGGAAAACUAUGAUUUUUAAAUUUGUAAUCCCCCCCCCCAAUAAAAUUGUGGUAGUAGACCUGAGGCUUUUAAAAAGAAUGUUGCAUUUUUGUCAAUAACUAGCAGAAAAUAUCAAUUAUUUGUAUAGCAUCAUUUGGAAAAGGCUCAGAAUUGUUGUCGUUCAAGACCUGGCAAUAAUACUGAAUGCGAAUAGUGUUCAUUUAACUUGUCAAAACAGUGCGGAUCCACUUCAGAAGUCACUGAAUUAACUGACCAGUCAGGACGUGAAGACCAGAUAAACCUGCUUAUCGCUUAAGGAGAGUAGUGUUUAAGAUCAUGCUAUUUCAUGAUGAGAUUUUGCAAAGGUAGUGCCAGAGUGGUGGUGGUGUUCUUUAAGUGGUUCAGCUAUGAAUUUUUGCUGUGGUCUUGUACAUUGAUUGCUGUUUUCCUGGUUACUUAAACUGGAAAUUGUGGUUGGUGGGAAAGGUGGUGAGAGUGAAGAAUCACUGUGUCUCACAUAGAAUAUCAGCCUGAUGGUGUUCAACAGUUGCAGUGGCUGCCAUUUCAACAGUGGGAAAGUAAUUGCUGUACUUUAAAUUCUUUUGGGAGGAAAGGCGCAAUAUAAAUGUAAGAUGUUUCUAUACAAGUGCCUCUGGAAUAAUAAAUCUGAGAUAACA